ACAUUACAAGAUGGUUAUAUACUUUAUCACACUCCGUAUGAACCGAUCGGACCUACGAGAGCGUUGCGCUCACCGUAGCCACCUAGCAGCCACCUAACAACCGCAAGGGCGUCGACGACCGCCAGGUGGCUGGCCCGUAGCCAAACGUCCAGUGACGUCACACAUGGAGAAUAUGGCAGGAAAUGAGACUCAACAAAUGGCUCAUCAAAUGCCAUCUUUAAUGAGUAUGCCUCCAAAUAGUAAUCAUGGUGUACCCGGAAUAGAUCCCCCUAAGACAUUACCCAGCUUACUAAGUUUAAAAGUAAGUCCACCAAGUGAAUUACAAAAUCAGAAUUCAUCAGAUGACACAGGUCGUGAUGCAGACAAUGAUUCUGUUAAAUUACCAGCAGCAUUAGAACAAGCACUAGCUUUCAAAACAGAAAGAGCUAAGGAAGUAGGAGGAGAUCCUAAUGACAUAGUUUCUUUAAGAAAAUCACCUAAUCAUGAAACUGCAGGAGAAGAUAUUUCUCAAUUGGACGAUGUUAUACUUGAAUCUGAAACAACAACAGAGGAUUCAGAUAUGAAAUUGAAUAAAAUAAAGAAGAAGAAAAAGAAAAAGAGAAAGAAGCACAAUGCAGGAAAAGAAGCAGAGAAUAAGAAGGACAAUGUAGAAAACUCCAAAUCAAAGGAAGACUUACCAGAAAUUGAAUAUAUUCAAGAAAUUCCAAGUGUUAAUGAUUUGGAACCAAUGUAUCGUCAAUUUGCUAGAAUUUUUGAAGCAUUUAAAUUAACAGAACCUGAACCUAAACCUACUGAGGCAGAGAAGGGAGAACCAAUAGGGCAGUAUCCACCAGUAACAACAUUACAAACAACAGGAACAGUACCUAGUAAAAUACCACCAUUGGAUGAUUUUGAUGAUGAUGCAAAUCAACAACAACAACAGCAAGGGACUGGAGAAAAUGGGGCUCCACGUCUUUCCAAAAGAAAACUCAAAAGACUAACACGUUUGAGUGUUGCAGAAUUAAAACAGCUUGUAGGACGUCCAGAUGUUGUGGAAAUGCAUGAUGUUACAGCUAGAGAUCCAAAACUCCUUGUACAAUUAAAAGCUCACCGUAAUACAGUACCUGUACCAAGGCAUUGGUGCUUUAAAAGGAAAUAUUUACAGGGCAAACGUGGUAUAGAAAAGCCUCCUUUCGAUUUACCAGAUUUUAUAAAACGUACAGGUAUUACAGAAAUGAGGGCAAGCCUCCAAGAACGAGACGAUACGCGCACAUUAAAAGCUAAAAUGCGAGAAAGGGCAAGACCUAAACUUGGGAAAAUAGACAUUGAUUAUCAGAAAUUACAUGAUGCAUUUUUCAAGUGGCAAACUAAACCUCGUAUGACUAUUCAUGGUGAUUUGUAUUAUGAGGGUAAAGAAUUUGAAACACGGUUAAAGGAAAAGAAACCUGGAGAAUUGUCUGAUGAACUACGUACUGCACUUGGUAUGCCAGUAGGACCUAAUUGUCAUAAAGUACCACCUCCAUGGUUAAUUGCUAUGCAACGUUAUGGACCACCUCCAAGUUACCCUAAUUUAAAAAUACCUGGGUUGAAUGCACCUAUUCCAGAAGGAUGUGCAUUUGGUUAUCAUGCAGGAGGUUGGGGAAAACCUCCUGUGGAUGAAACAGGAAGACCUUUAUACGGAGAUGUAUUUGGCAUAUCACGUACUCCAGGUGGGGAUAAUAUGGAUGAAGAAAUUGAUAGAGGUAUGUGGGGUGAACCUGAAUCAGAAUCUUCUGGAGAUGAAGAUGAAGAUGAAGAUGCAGAGGAAGGUGGAGAAGGUGAAGGAGAAGGAAAAGAUGGAGAUGGAGAUGCAAGUGGUUUGGUUACACCUGGUGCAGAAGGCUUAAUAACACCUAGUGGAAUUACAUCAAUUCCUGCAGGAUUGGAAACGCCAGAAACAAUAGAAUUAAGGAAAAAGAAAAUUGAAAGUGAAAUGGAGGGAGGAGAUACUCCUGCUUUGUAUACAGUUUUGCAAGAAAGACGAACAGAAGGUCUUGGAGCAAGCAUGAUGGGUAGUACACAUGUAUAUGAUAUGACUGGUGCAGCAGGAGGACAAGCUCCACCAUCUGUAAUUGCUGCCCGCCGAGGAGUGAGCGGAACAACAUCUGACGGAAGAACAGAGAAAGAUGGAGCUGUUGAAUUAGCAUUAGAUCCAAGCGAAUUAGAUUUAGACUCUGAAGCAAUGGCAUCGCGGUACGAAGAAACAAUGAGAUCACGCCAAGCUCAUUUAAGAAGGGAAGACCUAUCCGAUAUGCUUCAGGAUCAUGUGCAACGGCAAAAGAGCAAACGUAAACGCCAACAAAGUCAAGAUUCAAAAGCUUCAAAGAAAUAUAAAGAAUUUAAAUUUUAAGUUGAAUAAACUC